CUUGCCUUGAAAACUGUAGACAACAUCAACAUGGCGGAGCCCGCGGAAUCAUCCAUAACGAGGCCAGAGAGAAGUCCAGAGUCGAGGUCACCACCAACCACCGCAGGCAUCAAACGCAUCCGCCAGGCCUGUACCAGUUGCCGACAGAAGAAGAUCAAAUGUUCUGGAGAUCGACCAAGAUGUAUCAAUUGUCGACGGGUGAUGCAGCGGUGCCAGUACGAGCCCUACUCGGCGGUCUCGGCAUCCCUUUCUGGGAACUCGACCGCAUUGCUUCUUGGCUUGACCAAAGAUACGGACCUUCUACAGAGAAUUUCUAUGAUUGAAAGCAAAUUGGCUCAGUUGAGCGACCGCGAAUCUCAAGAAUUCAGUUCCGCCGCUUUCAGCGAGGCUAAUCUGCCUAUGGAAGACCACAAUACUGUGGAAGAGCAGCCUCAAUUCCAAUUAAAGGAACACGAAAAUGUUUUAGGCGUGCCUGAUUUGGUCAACCAAUCAUCACCCAACAUCUCAACUACUUGGCGUUCGGGAAGCUCGCAGUCCCAAACGUUUAGUACAUUUCCGCCGGAUUCGGUAACACAGUCGCUGGUCGACACUUUCUUUCAAUGGUGUCAUAAUCAACCAUACUCUUACUUUCACGAAGGAAGCUUCCGGCAGAAACUAGCGGAUGGCCAGCUUUCGAAAUGUGUGCUCUUAGCUGUUCUAGCAUCUUCCUUGAGGUUUUCAGAACACGAAUACUUUCGAGAUAACAGAUCCAAUGCGAUUGAGGCAUAUGCAAGAGAAGCUUGGUUGUCCGUUCUCGGCGACCACAUGACGGUGGAAGAUUCUUGCAACCUCGAGGUCGCCCAAGCCACCAACAUCCUGGCCAUCAUUGACUUUACCGCCGGCCGAACCAGCUCCGCAUGGCUCAAGAUUGGGAUGGCGAUUCGGAUAGCCCAGGAUCUCCAACUUAUGAAAGAGCCCAGUGAAACUCUUCCUCUGGUGGAGCAGGAAGAAAGGAGGAGAUCCUUCUGGUCAAUCUACCUUCUCGACAAACUAGUCUCCCUCGGCAAACACAGACAUUUCGCCAUCUUAGACGAGGACUGCCAUGCGCGACUACCUUGCGACGAGCUGACAUUCCGUUCUGGCGGAUGGGGCCAAAAUGUGACGCUCCGUCAGCUUCUCGAUUGGAGCACCGAUAUUGGCGUUGAAGGUGGAUUUCCAGUUGCCAUCUUGGCAUCAUCAGUACUCGCUCGCUGCACUCGAAGGCUUCUUCACGACCGCACUACCGAUGAGACUCCCCCGUGGGACUCGAAAUCGGAGUUUGCAUCAAUCACAUCCCUCCUUCUCCUCGUCGAGUCCCGCCUCCAAGUCGAUCAACAUCUCAUCAAGAAUGUUGUCGAUACCUAUAGGCUUGAUGAUGGUGUCAUAGAUCACCCUGCUAUGGGUCACGUCAUCUUUGCACGCACAGUAUUCCAUGUCUGCCACUGCCUUCUGUAUCAUCCGUUCCUUGUGCGAGAGCAAGUUCGGAAAGUCAAGUGCCAAGUUCCAUCGAGUUUCAUGCGCCUCGCCUCACAGAAAAGCUACGAACAUGCUCGGGAUCUGGUCAACUUGCUACACGAUGCCGAAGCAGUAGGGUGUCAUCUAGGUGCUUCAUUCUACGCAUAUUCAGCGUGUCUAGCUGGUAGCAUUCUCUCGCUUCACAUGCACGCCGAGAAGGAUACCGAGAGCCAGCGCUACUUGGACCUAUUGAGUGCAACCCAAGACAGUAUAUCAAUACUUGAAGGAAUGGCAAAGUUUUGGGAUCAUGCGUCCAAAAUCCACCAUCGGCUGCUAACUUUCAAUGCGAACGCGUAUCUUUUCGAUUCGCUCCUUGACUCGCAUCUGAAAUCAGUCAUGGAUCCAGGAUGGGAGAGAUCCCUCUGGUCGAUGGUCGAUUACGGGGAGAUGUGCCGAGAAUCAAAUCUAUCAAUCCCAAGUCCGAAAAUACCAGCGCCUUCAGAUUCUCCGAGCUUUCCAGACCUCGAACUAGAAAGUGAACAGAUGCUGGACUUGGGACUUGAUGUACAGCAAACAUCACAGAUCGACGACAACCUGAUGAAUUUUGAUACUCCUAACAUCAAGUAUCUUCUUGAGCUGGCUUCUGGCGGAGGGUAGCACAGCCUCAACUUAAUGCAGCGGCUCAUCCUACCUACUUUUGCAAACGGAUAUCUCGCUGGUAGGGUCGACAAAGGGAUUG